CUUUCCAACAUUGAAAGUGUCAGCAAAUAACAAAUCCAAAAACACCACUACACACCACCAUGAAUAUUUACUUCUUCAAUACCCCAUGACUCAAACAAUAUCCUCAAAAAUUCCAAACUAGAAUUCUUUAGAUUUUCCUUUCAAAAUUCAUCUGCAAAUAAUAUCAAUUCUGUUUAAUCAUCACUUUCAUGGCUGCUGCCGGCCUGGAGCUGUCAUGUCUGUUCAUUUCUCUCCUUUUCCUUUUACUUGUUCAUUUUUCAUCUUGUCAAUCAAAUUCUCCUCAAAAUCUUGAAACAUUCUUCCCUACUAUCCCCAUACCUCCACCUUUUGUUCCUCCGACAAGACCUUCACCGGACCCUGUUCCAGUAUUUCCAGUACAGCCGGAACAUAGAUCGUCACAUUCCACCGGUAAAACGGUUGGGAAAGUUGUUGGUAUAACAGCAGCUAGUACUAUUGUAGUUGCCGGACUCUUCUUCUUUUUUCUUCAACGAUAUGUUAGUGCCAAUCGGAAAAAGAAAAAUGAAGAUCAGAAAACCGAUACUACAACCACCACCAACGGUAUGGUUUUCCACCGGGAUCCUCUUCAACGGGAUAACGUGAGAAUGACUAAGGAAGAAAUGAAACGAUUUGACGGAACCCUGAAAGGUAUAGUCGUCGAUGAAGAUGGAUUGGAUGUACUGUAUUGGAGAAAUCUUGAAGGCGGAACAUUGCGAAGUAGUUUCAAGAAGGAGAUUUUGUCAAAGAUUAACGAUAUUAACGAAGACGAUGUAAGAAAAGAGAGACGAAGAGAGAGCAGAAAUCGAAGAACUCACUCUGAACCUGUUCAACAAACCCCGUUUCUCCGUGGAAGUUCGAAUUCAUCUGAUCAGACUAGUCCUAUUGCUAUUUACGAUGACCCAAGAAAUGAAAUUACUCCGUUUAAUAACCGCGGUGAUCGUCGAACUGGAACAGUUCUUCAGACGAUGUCUGUGCCGAAACAGGAACAACCCGCGAUUCAAGCACAAACAUCAGCAGCUCCUUCGCCACCACCGCCUCCGUCAUCUCUGCCACCAUCGCCGCCUACUCUCCCUAAAAUUGCCACAAAGGAAGUUUCAGCACCACCCCCACCGCCACCCAAAUUUUCAAAACCACCACCACCACCACCAAAAGGAAAAUCGGCAAAACCAACUUCUGCAGAGUUCUCUAGUGAGAGUGCAGCUGAAGGGUCAGGUAAGGCUAAAUUGAAGCCAUUACAUUGGGACAAAGUUACAGCUAAUCCUGAUCAUUCAAUGGUGUGGGAUAAAAUCAGUGGCGGUUCUUUCAGGUUCGAUGAUGAUUUGAUGGAAGCUUUGUUUGGAAAUGUUGCAACCAAGAAAUCACCAAAAGGGAAUGCAACCAAGUCAAGCAUGGCUGUGGGUGGUGCUAAUCCGAAUUCCCCAACUCAAAUUUUCCUGCUUGAUCCAAGAAAAUCCCAAAACAUUGCAAUUGUUCUCCGGUCUCUCGCGAUAUCUCGGACAGAAAUCCUGGAUGCAUUACAAGAAGGCCGUGGUUUGGAUUCCGAUACCUUAGAAAAACUUGCAAAGUUUGCUCCAACAGACGAAGAAGAAACUGCACUUUUCGAAUUUGAUGGGAACAUAACAAAACUUGCAGAUGCUGAGUCUUUCUUGUACCAUAUUUUCAAGGCUGUUCGCUUUCCGUUUGCACGUCUUGACGCUAUGCUUUUCCGGUUGAAUUAUGAACCGGAGAUUCUCCAACUCAAGAACUCGUUAAAAAUACUUGAAGCUGGAUGCAAUGAGCUGCGAACUCGUGGGCUGUUCUUGAAACUUUUAGAAGCUAUAUUGAAAGCCGGUAACCGGAUGAAUGCAGGAACAGCAAGAGGAAAUGCAAAAGCAUUCAACUUGACAGCAUUGAGAAAACUUUCAGAUGUCAAAAGUAGUGAUGGGAAAACUACUUUACUACAUUUUGUCGUCGAAGAAGUAGUUCGAUUCGAAGGUAAGCGUUGUGUGCUUAACAAAAACAAUAACUUCACUAGAAGCAACAGCCGCGGCGGUACUAGCAGUGGCGCAUUCAGUGGUGGUCUGAAUUCGGAUCCUUCAUUAUCAAAAGAAGAUAGAGAGAAAGAAUACAUGACGCUCGGACUACCGAUUGUCGGAGGUUUAAGUACUGAAUUCGCGAAUGUUAAGAAAGCAGCAACAAUUGAUUAUGAAGGCUUUGGGAACAUAUGCACUACUCUGACAAAGCGUGUCACUGAAACUCGAAAAUUCACUGCUAAAAUUGAAGCCGAGAGAAGUGGGUUUGUGAAAGAGAUGAAGACUUUCCUAGAUUCGUCAGACGAAGAGCUUAAGGCCAUGAAAGAGGAGCAAGAAAGGAUAAUGAACUUAGUGAAGAGAACUACUCAGUAUUAUCAAGCUGGAACUAAAGAUAAAGAUCACCCACUUCAGUUAUUUGUUAUAGUGCAUGAUUUCCUAAGAAUGGUCGAUCAGGUCUGCCUUGAUAUUGCUAGGAAUGUUCAAAAGAAGAAACCUGCUGAGCCGGCUGCAGGUUCAUCUACUAGUUCAUCUUCACCGCCAAAGAGAGCUCCAGUGAGGUUCCCGUAUUUGCCUGUAAAUUUUUUGUCAGAUAAGUCCAAGUCCUCCUCUUCAGGUGGUGAUUCUUCAGAUGAUGGGUUUUAAAAGAACUCAGAUUCAUUUGAAAUUUUUCUUUUUUAUUGAAUUUAAGAGAUUUGUUUCGUGUACAUAGACAAUGAGUAACUGAAAGUUCAAGACCAAAGCUCCAAGUGUGAAAAUGUUGUUGCUAAUGAAAAAGAAAAAAAAAUUGGUUAUUGAA